CACACUAAAAGGGAAGGUGCACAGUUGAAUUAGUAAUAACCAUAGGCCUACUUGUACAUUCUGUAGUGUGUAGUAUCAUGUUGACGUUUUCAUUCAACAGGACAUCAACCGCCCGAUCGUUGUGGCGUGACGUCAUCACUAUGGAUCUGACGACGCGGGAACUCGAACUACGUUAGUCACUUGGUUCUCAGCUGGUAGUUAAGAAAUUGCUGUGAUGAUGGCUGUGAAUGUGCAUUUUACCUCGGUGACCAGUGACAACCUUAGUCGUCAUGACUUCCUUGUGUGGAUAAACACAACUUUGAAAACAAACCUGACGAAGAUUGAGUCAAUGUGCUCAGGGGCUGCCUAUUGCAAGCUGAUGGACUUGUUGUUUGAAGACUGUGUGCCUCUGAAGAAGGUCAAAUUCCAGGCAAGGCUGGAACAUGAAUUCAUCCACAAUUUCAAGAUACUGCAAGUCAGCUUCAGGAAAAUGCAUGUUGACAAAGUCAUCCCUGUGGAGAAACUGGUCCGAGGGAAGUUCCAAGACAACUUUGAGUUUGUGCAGUGGUUCAAGAAAUUCUUUGAUGCCAACUACUCUUGCCAUCAAAGGCAAGACUGUAACCUACUGGAAGUCAAAGUAGACCAAGAGGCUGUUCCAGCCAUUGAAUCCUCAGAGUCCACCCCCAGCACAGCCAAAGUGCUCAACUCUGAGUACAGCGGUGAUCAUGCCCCCCAGCUGUCGACAGUGGCAGAUGUGCAGAGUGUUCCAUCCAAGAUGGCAGAUGAUCAGGAGCUGGGGCCAAUGUCAGGCUGCGUUGCCAAGGAGAGGGCUGAUCUGGUGCAAGAGGUGGCCGUGCUGCAGUCUGUCCUGCGGGACACAGAGAAGGAGAGGGAUUUCUACUUUGCUAAACUGCAGAGCAUCGAGUUCAUCUGCCAGGAGAAAGAGGGAGAGGGUGACUCCACAUUGAAAACCAUCCUGGAGGUCCUUUAUGCGAUAGAGGAGGGUUUUGUCAUACCCAGUUCAUCACUGGAGACCCAGGACGACUGCUGAUGAUAAAGAUAGGACCCUACUACCCUCAUUUCAACAUUAACCCCACCUCUCCUGUCCUAUUUACCCAGUGUCUGUUUGCUGCCUUGUUGAUCUGUGGUUCUGCGUCCAAACAAACCUCUUUGGAGGUUUCCUUAGAGGGCACGUUGUAUUAAUGCAACUGAAAAUAUGGACUAUACCAGUGGUUUCCCAACCUCGGUCCUGGGGAGCCUGUGUUGCUGGUUUUUGUUCCAACCACAACUGCAAUCCCAGAAUUUUAGUAAGAUGUAAAUUUUUAUUAAUUAGGUGCUUUUCAUGUUUAUCUUCAGGGAUUAUUUUCCCUCAAGCCACAUUAUGUAAUAGCUAUCCAUGCAAUGUAGAAUAAACCUCCCAUAUUCACAUUGUGCUAUAUUGCAAAGAAUUUAAUUUAAAGAGGAAACUAAAUUAUUUAACUUUAAAAUUAGAAUGUAGUGGAU